GAACAUCAAACACCGCGACAAUGGGCGAGUGAAGCACGAACAGUGCGCAUGCGCACCGGGAUCUUUAACCACAUGUGGCUCGGCGGUCCGGUCAUUCGGUGGGUCCGGUUGAUUCGCUGGCACUGCGAGAGGAAGGCUUUGCCGGUGCCGUCCGUCACAUCUUAAAAGCCGGUCAGUACGCUGUGCCGGGCGUCAGGUCAGUGGCGCUUCGCGCGGGCUGAAGAAAAUGGGUUAGGGGGAAGGAUGCUGGAUUAAGGACUUUGGCUACUUUUGCGAAAAUGCGGUGUUUGGAUCCGAUCUUUUAUCAUUAUGGACACACAGUGACAAAAAGGAAGAAAGAAAACAGAGGCGGGGAUUAAUUUAGUACCUCUGCAGUUCCUCGUAUUUUCAUUCUUUUUCUUUUGAGAAAUGAUCGCGGAGCUGCUCAGCGGCGCUGUGACUGUCGUUCUUUAUCUGAACACCCUGGGUGCUGAUUUCUGCUACGAUGACAGCCGUGCAAUUAAAACCAACCAGGACCUCCUUGCAGAAACUCCCUGGACAAACAUCUUGUAUGAUGAUUUCUGGGGAACGCUUCUCACCCACAGCGGCAGCCAUAAGUCUUAUCGGCCCCUAUGCACCCUCUCCUUCCGCCUGAACUACGCUCUGGGUGCUUUGGAUCCAUGGGGGUACCAUUUGGUCAACGUGGUGCUCCACUGUGCCGUCACAGGCCUCUUCACCCACCUCUGUUGCUCCUUGCUGGGUGGAGGCCGCUGGACACUGAUGGCCGGGAUGCUCUUUGCCUCACAUCCGGUGCACACGGAGGCAGUGGCUGGUGUGGUGGGACGGGCAGAUGUUGGGGCAGCACUCUUCUUCCUGCUGUCGCUCCUGUGCUAUGAGCGACACUGCGCCCUUGGUCUGCCCUUGGCCCAACUCUCGUUACGCUCCUGGGCCUGGUUCUUGGGUAGCCUUGCUUGUGCUACCUGCAGCAUGCUCUGGAAGGAGCAGGGGGUCACUGUGCUGGCCGUGUCAGCUGUCUAUGAUGUCUUCAUCCUGCAGCAUCUCAAAAUCCGACAGCUCUUCCUCCUCCUCCACAAGAGGAAAAGCACAUACCUGCUGGGUCGGGUGGGCUUUCUGGCUGCGUGGGGAGCUCUGUUGCUGGGGGCUCGUCUCUACUGGAUGGGCAACAAACCUCCCAGCUUCUCCAACUCCGACAACCCUGCUGCUGACUCACCCAGCCUGUUGGCCAGGACCCUCACCUUUCUCUACCUGCCAGCAGCCAAUGUGUGGCUCCUCCUAUGCCCGAACAUGCUAAGCUUUGAUUGGUCCAUGGAUGCUGUGCCCCUUCUGGAGAACACUGUGGAUUUGAGGAACCUGCACACCUUGGCCUUCUACACCAUGCUGCUUUUCCUUGCAUGGACCGGACUCCGGGGUCUAGUGGAGGCUGGUGGGAGGGCCCAUGUUGCCAACGGGAAGCCCAACGCCAAUGGGCACGACUGUCACUCAGAUGUUGUCUCAGCGUCCCUGAAAAAUACCACCAAUGGUACCGGUAGUCACCAGUACCAUUUUCUGCCUGGCUCGGAGAAUAUAGUGGCAUUCUCCCUGAGCCUCUUAGCCAUCCCCUUUCUCCCUGCCACCAACCUGUUCUUCUACGUGGGCUUCGUGAUAGCGGAGCGAGUCCUCUACAUCCCCAGCAUGGGCUUCUGCCUGCUGGUGACGGUGGCCAUGCGCUCCCUCUACAUCAGACUCAGGGGCAGGCUCUCCAAGGCUCUUGUGUUGUACUGCAGUGCCAGUCUACUGGUCCUCUACGGCGUAAAGACCAUGCUGAGGAACCAUGAAUGGCAAACUGAGGAGAUGCUCUACAAGUCAGGGAUAUCCGUGAACCCUGCAAAAGCCUGGGGCAACCUAGGGAACGUCCUGAAGAACCAGGGCAAGGUGAUGGAGGCUGAGAAAGCCUACAGGAAUGCCCUGUACUACCGCAGAAACAUGGCGGACAUGCUGUACAACCUGGGCUUGCUGCUUCAGGAAAACGGCAGGUCCACCGAGGCCUUGCAUUACUAUAAGUUGGCCAUUGGGAGCAGGCCUACACUAGCUUCUGCAUACUUGAACACAGGGAUUAUCCUGAUGACUGAGGGACACCUGGAGGAGGCCAAGCGCACCUUCCUCACCUGUGCUGACAUCCCUGAUGAGAACCUGAAAGAUCCGCAUGCCCACCGGAGCUCAGUCACUAGCUGCUUGUAUAACCUGGGCAAGUUGCUGCAUGAGCAGGGCCACCAGGAGGAGGCACUCUCUUUGUAUAAGGAAGCACUGCAGAAGAUGCCGAAGCAGUUUGCACCUCAGAGCCUCUACAAUAUGAUGGGUAAGAAAAGCCUCU